AGCUUCUCGUAACCGUUGCACUUGCAUGCAGCGUGACACCAAAAAGCCAUCACUGCAACAUGUCUCUCGGUAAAACCGUCCGGAGUUUGGUCAAACCGGUCCGGGGGCUUCUGGUGUCCUCGGAACCGGCCCUGAAACGGAGCUACGCGGCUGUCGCUGAGGCCAAAGCUGUGUUGGAGCACGAGCUGGACACGAUCCGAGCCGCGGGGACGUGGAAAGCGGAGAGGAUCAUCACCUCCAAGCAGGGCGCACAGAUCGAUGUGGAAGGCAGCCGUGGCAGUAUCCUGAACUUCUGUGCCAACAACUACCUCGGCCUGUCCAGUCAUCCAGAGGUGAUGCAGGCGGGAAUAGAUGCUCUGAAGACGCACGGAGCUGGACUGAGCUCUGUCAGAUUCAUCUGUGGGACGCAGGAUCUGCACAAAAACCUGGAGCAGAAGCUGGCAGAGUUUCAUGAAAGGGAGGACUGCAUCCUCUACGCCAGCUGUUUCGACGCAAACGCCGGGUUGUUUGAAGUGCUGUUGGGCCCAGAUGACGCCGUGCUGUCAGAUGAGCUCAACCACGCCUCCAUCAUCGACGGGAUCCGCCUCUGCAGGGCCAAGAGGCUGCGCUACAAACACAUGGACCUCAAUGACCUGGAGGAUAAGCUUAAAGAAGCUCAGUCUUCUAGAAUGCGCCUCGUAGUGACAGAUGGAGUCUUCUCCAUGGAUGGAGAUGUGGCUCCCCUCCAAGGAAUAUGUGACCUCGCCGAAAAGUACGGAGCCAUGGUGUUCAUCGAUGAAUGUCACGCCACUGGGUUCCUCGGGCCUCGCGGACGAGGAACAGAUGAGCUUCUUGGAGUGAUGGACAGAGUUCAGAUCGUGAACUCCACUUUGGGAAAAGCCUUGGGAGGAGCAGCAGGUGGGUACACCGUUGGUCCAAAGCCUCUCAUUGACCUCCUCAGGCAGCGUUCGCGGCCUUACCUGUUCUCCAACGCCCUCCCGCCUCCUGUGGUGGGCUGUGCCACCCGGGCUGUGGAGCUGCUGCUCGCCUCCAGCGAGAUCGCACAAAGUAUGACAGCAAAAACCAUGAGGUUCCGGAACAAGAUGACGCAGGCUGGCUUCACCAUUGCAGGCUCCUCCCAUCCCAUCUGUCCCGUGAUGCUCGGUGACGCGCGUCUGGCUUCCCUGAUGGCUGAUGACAUGCUGAAGCACGGUAUCUACGUGAUUGGCUUCUCUUACCCGGUGGUGCCGAAGGGUAAAGCCAGAAUCCGGGUUCAGAUUUCAGCAGCCCACACCGAUGACGACAUCGACCGCUGCGUGGAUGCUUUCAUCCAGACUGGCCGGAAGCACAGGGUCAUAUCCUGAGAGGAGGAAGAGGAGCUGGGGAGCUUCAGCUAACUGCUCGGCUGUAAAGGCCACACCGCCUGUUACUGAUGAAGAUGGAAGUAACAUUUACGCUUGUAGGUCAAAUAAAAAAGAAAUUAUUUUUUCUUAGAUGCUGGAUUGUAGAUGUUUGCAUUUGAAGACCAAAAGGGCUAAGAAAUAAACUGCCGCUGCACUAACAAG